CAGCAAGCAGCGGCAGGCGCCGGCGCCGGCGCCGGGGUUGGCGAGGAGCGCACGCAGUAGCCGUCCGCAUUUUGUGCAACCCUAGAAGGCGAAAGAAGGCAGGCAGGCUGCUGGCCAGGCGAAGCGCAGCGGGCGAGCGAGCGAGCACUGGAAUGGCUGCAGGGUCCACUUCCUAGCGGGGAGGCUGCGCUACACGCGGCGUCGGCGGCGUCAGGAGGGGAGCUCGGCGAGGCUGCCAUGGCAGAGCCCAGCGGGGCGCGUCCUUACCUGCUCGCUUGAGAGAUGAUUGACGACGAGCUGCCGCCUCUCCAUGGAGCGGGAAGGAAGGGGAGCCGCUGAAGCGUCGGGGGGAUUUUGCUGAGGGGAGGAGGAAGGGGAAAGGAAAGAGGACUCGGCUGCUGCUGACGCGGAGCGCUGAGGUGGGCAGCCAGGCAGCCUGCCGGCCGCUAUAGCAAAGACUCCGCUCAGGCGAAGAAGGGCCCGCGGAGAAGGAAGCGAGCGAGCGAGAGAGCUACUGACUGGAUUUGGCCCUUUCCCCCUCGACGGGGAGACCCCCAUCUCGGCGGCUCCCCGGGUUGCCCGAGCGACCCCGCGGGCAGGUCUUGGCGCCGAGGGCGGCUCUCGCGAUGCGCUGCCUGCCGCUGCUCGGCUUCUUCGCCUGGGGCUUCGCGAGCUUGCCUGGGCCCAGCCGAGAAGCUUCCCCUCCUCCCUGCCCGCUUUCCUGCAGCUGCGAUGGGGACGGCGGGGUGGACUGCUCCGGGAAAGGGCUCACUGCCGUGCCCGAGAGACUCAGCGCCUUCACCCACACCUUGGAUAUCAGUAUGAACAAUAUAACAAGGUUGCCGGAAGAUGCAUUCAGGAAUUUUCCUUACCUUGAAGAAUUACGGCUGGCUGGCAAUGACCUCGCUUUUAUUCAUCCGAAGGCCUUGUCUGGGUUGAAGGAGCUCAAAGUUCUCACUCUGCAGAACAAUCAGUUGAAAACCGUUCCCAAUGAGGCCAUCAGGGGACUCAGCGGACUACAGUCCUUGCGCUUAGAUGCUAACCACAUUACUGCUGUCCCAGAAGACAGUUUCGAGGGCCUUGUUCAACUGCGACACCUGUGGCUGGAUGAUAACAGUUUGACUGAAGUCCCUGUUGUUCCUCUCAGCAAUCUUCCAUCCCUGCAGGCCUUAACCUUGGCUCUCAACAAAAUAACCAGCAUCCCUGAUUUUGCUUUUACAAAUCUCUCAAGCCUUGUUGUCCUGCAUCUCCAUAACAAUAAAAUAAAAACACUGGGACAUCAUUGUUUUGAUGGAUUAAACAACCUAGAAACUUUAGACUUGAAUUAUAACAACAUGGCAGAGUUCCCUGAAGCAGUAAAAGCACUUCCAAGCCUAAAAGAGCUGGGAUUUCACAGUAAUUACAUUUCCGUGAUCCCUGACAAUGCAUUUGUAGGAAACCCACUUCUUCGUACUAUACAUCUGUUUGAUAACCCUUUAUCCUUUGUUGGGACUUCAGCUUUUCAAAACUUGUCAGACUUGCAUUCCCUGGUCAUUCGUGGCGCCAGCAUGGUACAGUGGUUUCCUAACUUAACAGGAACCAUCAAUCUGGAAAGCCUGACUUUUACAGGCACCAAAAUAAGCAGCAUCCCCAUCGAUCUAUGCCAAGAACAAAAACUGCUUCGGACUUUGGAUUUAUCUUAUAACAGCAUAAAACAACUUCCAAGUUUUAAAGGUUGCAGUUCCCUGGAAGAAAUAUCUUUGCAGCAUAAUCAAAUUGAAGAAAUCAAAGAAGAUAUAUUCCAGGGGCUGACUUCUCUACGUACCCUUGAUCUCAGCAGAAAUUUGAUCCACCAAGUUGACAAGGAAGCAUUUACUAUGCUGGGUGCUAUUACCAACCUAGAUUUAAGUUUCAAUGCAUUGACUUCAUUUCCAACUGGAGGCCUGGCUGGGUUAAACCAGCUUAAACUUGUAGGCAAUACAGAACUGAAAGAAGCUUUGGUGGCAAAGGACUUUGUAAAACUCAGAUCUCUUUCUGUUCCAUAUGCUUACCAAUGCUGUGCUUUCUGGGGCUGUGACUCUUAUUUAAAUGCUAACACAGAAGAUUCCAGUCACCAAGAUUCAGUUGCACAUGAGCGAGGUGCACCGGAAGCAGAUUACUUAAGCAGCGAUAAGAAUGAAGAACUUGGUCAGACAAUAAUUCACUGUACCCCCACAACAGGUGCUUUCAAGCCCUGUGAAUACUUACUGGGAAGCUGGAUGAUCCGCCUUACAGUCUGGUUUAUUUUUUUGGUUGCCUUGUUCUUCAACAUGCUUGUCAUGUUAACUAUAUUUGCUCCUUGUACUUCACUGCCUUCCUCCAAACUGUUCAUAGGCUUGAUUUCUGUCUCUAACUUAUUUAUGGGGGUCUACACUGGCAUAUUAACUUUCCUGGAUGCAGUUUCUUGGGGAAGGUUUGCUGAAUUUGGUAUCUGGUGGGAGACUGGCAGUGGUUGUAAAGUUGCUGGGUUUCUGGCCAUCUUCUCUUCAGAAAGUGCCAUUUUUUCCCUGAUGCUAGCAGCCAUUGAGCGGAGCUUAUCUGCAAAGGAAAUAAUUAAAAAGGGUAAAAGCAAUAAUCAGAAACAAUUUCGAAUUGCAGCUAUUUUUGCUUUCCUGGGUGCACUUGUAGCAGGAUGCUUACCACUUUUCCAUAAGGGAGAGUAUUCUGCAUCACCUCUCUGCCUGCCCUUUCCCACUGGAGAAACUCCUUCCCUAGGGUUCACCGUUACAUUAGUGCUCCUAAACUCAUUAGCCUUCUUGCUCAUGGCUAUUAUUUAUAUCAAACUUUACUGCAACUUGGAAAAGGAAGACCUCUCUGAGAACUCACAGGCUAACAUGAUUAAACAUGUUGCUUGGCUAAUCUUCACCAACUGCAUCUUUUUUUGCCCGGUUGCAUUUUUCUCCUUUGCUCCGCUCAUCACUGCAAUUUCUAUUAGCCCUGAAAUCAUGAAGUCUGUCACUCUAAUAUUUUUCCCUUUACCUGCUUGUUUGAACCCAGUCUUGUACAUCUUCUUCAAUCCCAAAUUUAAAGAAGAUUGGAAAUUACUGAGAUGGCACAUCACCAAGAAAAGUGGGACUGGAACAAUUGCUGUCAAUACUCAAGGUGGCUGUGGGGCGCAGGAUUUUUACUAUGACUGUGGCAUGUACACACAUCUGCAGGGCAACCUUACCAUGUGCGAAUGUUGUGAAUCACUACUUAUAUCAAAGCCUGUGCCAUGCAAACACUUAAUAAAAUCCCACAGUUGUCCAGCUCUGACAGUAGUGCCUUGCCAAAGGCCAGAUGGCUAUUGGUCAGAUUGUGGUACCCAGUCUGCUCAUUCUGAUUACGCUGAUGAAGAGGACUCUUUUGUGUCGGACAGUUCAGAUCAAGUACAGGCCUGUGGACGUGCCUGUUUCUAUCAAAGCAGAGGUUUCCCAUUGGUUCGUUAUGCCUACAACAUCCCAAGGAUUAAAGACUGAAAGACUUUACUGCAAAGCAUGUGAUUAAAGAGGAGGAAGUGUGAUGCUUCAAAGACCAUGGCUGUUCUGACCUUUUACCUGGAUGCACUUUUAUAACCAUCACCUGAUGUUAGUUAAAAAUAAGGGAUAUAGGUAGUGAAUGUCUUGAACAAUGUAUUUUAAAUAAGAGCUGUUGCUCUUAAUGUAAAUAAUUGGAAAACCAAAAUUUAUAAUCCCAUUGUUUUUUACUCUUUUUUCCAAGCAAUUAUGUAUUACAUUCUUAGGCUAUUUUUCCAUUUUGUUAUCCAGUUGUAACUUACUGCUCCUGUUGUGAUGUGAAUUCUGCCAACUUUUCUAGUUAAGCACAAUACAACAGAAAGCAGUUAACACACACACACACACACACACACACACACACACACACACACACACAUGUUUAAAUGUGACUUUAUUAUAGCAAGGGAAAAAUUGUUGCUAACUUUUGUAUAGCAUUUCUGACUGAAUCUCAGGACAUUUUACUGCAGGGCCAAAAGAAGAGAGUACUCUUCCCAAAUGCAACUGUGAGACAAAUACGGGAAAAAACAUGCUAUGUUUUCAUAAUUUAACCUGUAGCUAACUUUGUCUGGAAUGAAAACGUUUAUUUCAGUAAAAUACUUUAAACCCCUCUUAAUAGAAUCUGAACAGUUUGGUUGAAUCGCCUUUCAGCUCAGAUACUGCUUGAUAGCAAAUGAGAACUUUGGGCUUUUGCAUGCUGGACAAGCGUCAACAUGAGUUUUGCCAAAUUUGUGCUGUGUGGUCUCAAAGGGCUAGAUCCAAACUUCACUGUCCACAGAUAGAAAGGCUGCUUGCAUACACAGGCAGCUUUUUAUCCAAGAGUGCUCCACUGGUAAAGGCAGUUUUUGCAGAUUUCUCCCCUCCACCUGCAGCCCCCAGUGCCAGCUUCCACACUAUUCUGAAGGAUCCCCUAACCCUUGGCAAUACUGUGGAAUGUAUUGCAGGGGGAUGGGGGGGGGAAUUGGCAAAUGUCACCCCCUCCAUACACCCCUUGCCCCAAAUGCUGUCGGGAGCAUCCCCUGAGCAUAUCUCUGUUCAGAGGUUGCUUUUGCCAUUGCUCUGACCCUACAACCUCUAGGGUUAAUAUAAAGGUAAAGGUAAAGGGGCCCCUGACCAUCAGGUCCAGUCGUGUCCGACUCUGGGGUUGCGGCGCUCAUCUCGCUCUAAAGGCCGAGGGAGCCGGCGUUUGUCCGCAGACAGCUUCCGGGUCAUGUGGCCAGCGUGACAAAGCUGCUUCUGGCGAACCAGAGCAGCGCAUGGAAACGCCGUUUACCUUCCCGCCAGAGCGGUCCCUAUUUAUCUACUUGCACUUUGAUGUGCUUUCGAACUGCUAGGUGGGCAGGAGCUGGGACCGAGCAACGGGAGCUCACACCGUUGCAGGGAUUCGAACCGCUGACCUUCUGAUCAGCAAGCCCUAGACUCUGUGGUUUACCCACAGCGCCACCUGGGUUAAUAUAGCACUUAUCAAAAGUUGUGGAAUAGUCUACAUACAUAAUUGGGGUUGCCUAAUGCACACCCAGAGUAUUUUUGACAUAGAAGACAACAGGAUAACCACUAUCACCUGAAAGAACCUCAGUUUUGGGAUUUUGCCAUUUGUCUCGAGAGAGAAAUAAUGUGUGAUAUGAACAGCCAUUGAAAGGUAGAAAUGAACAUGCUCUUCAGGAAGGGAAAUGUUGUUUGGGGUGAAAUCACAGUACAUAGUACUUUGCAAUACUAAUAAGGUUAUUUGGAGUAAAAUAUUGGGAUGUUCACAAACUUUGAAACAAGGCAUGUAAUGAGGCCCACAACGCUAGGAAUUUCUGCUUUGAUGCUAUUUUACGGUAAUGUGGAAAUAGAUUGUCUUGCCUUAAAGUGGGAGAGGGGCAUGGCAAGUUGAAUAAUUGCAUCUUUAGAUGUGAGGCCCUGAUUGUUUCAUAAUUAUAAGGAGCGAUCCUUGAUAUAUGCCCUUAAACUGAAGUCUGAGCAGCAUAAUAUGAAUGCAUAAUCAAACUAAAUCUUACAUUUUUUUGAAGAAAAUGUUAAGUUGAUCGCAAUUCCACUGCCAUACCAGUAAUUCUGGAAUAAUUUUUACUAAAUGAUUAAAACUAGAUUGCAGUUAGGAAAAUUAAACUGUACAUAAUGUGCAUAAAAAGUCUUUUCUUUGUAUUGUAAAUUAUUUGAUAGAACACAUGAUGGGAAACAUGGCUUCAGUGCAUUUUGUUAAUUAAGGCUACCUCCUAAAAUAUAACAGCUGCCAGUAGCAGAAUGUUUAAAUUGUGGUUUAUAUACUUUUUUGCAUUGUAAAUAAACAUUGGUUGUACAUUGUUGUUGUAAUAAAACCAGAAGCUUUGUAUAUCGAAAUUAUUUAGCUUGUACAAAAUAUGGGAUGCUAUCAAUUUAUAUACUGUAAUUUUUGUAAGCCUAAAUCAUUCAUAGUAAAAUCAAAGAAAAUCAAAAAGCAAGAGAGAAGUAUCCUAGAGUUUUGUGUGUUUAUACUUUACACCUCUCAAAUUCAACUUACAGGUUUAAAAUGAAAAUUCCUGCUGGAAAUAUUUAAUUUAUGAUGUGCAUGAGUAGUACUAACUUUAUAAUGUUGCUAUUGUUAAGAAACAAACAAAACUUGCCCACAGAUGCCAAAAUUGACCAGUGUGAUAAAUAUUCACCCUAACCCAGAGUUCUGUCUGUGCUAAGAUGCAUAGAAUUUAAAUGUUUGCUUUCUGGGGUAGUUCUGUAUAUUUGGUGCAUGCAGAACUGCUAUCUCUAUUAGAGUGAAUGGGGAAGCCUGUUUUGUGCAAUAGCUCUACAUGUGUGUGGAAUUCUCUUCUAUGUGCAAGAAUUAGUUUCUGCUACAGAAAAGUUGCAUUUGAAAAUAAUACUGCCAACUGAAAUGAGGCUCAGUUGUGUAACGGCCAAAUUUAAAUUCUUAAAACUUAAGAAUGUUGCUAUUGGUUAAGAAACAGGAUGUUCUGAAUGUUGGAAUCUUUUAAAAGGUAUUUUAUUAAACACACACACAUAUACACUGAGUAUGUUGCUGAAAAGUACUUUUGUGGAAUUCAUGAGUUACAACUGUUUAUGCCAGUGAUGUUCAUGUGAAAAGAAAUCAGUUUCUUAAUCAGUAUUUGGCAAAUUGCAUAUUUUGGAUUAUAGGUAGGCAUUCUGCAUUUCAAAGGAAACUCUAAAUUUCACAAAAUACGUACAUAGAAACAUAUUUGUAAAACAGGGCUAUUUAUAAAUGUGUCUACAUUAAUAGGCUAUUUCAUAAAACUUGUUUCAAAAUAGAGUUCCCUCAACUAUUAUUGAAAAAUUUGCUUUAAGUAGCUGUUGUUACACAGAGAAAAUGUUAAAAUGACAUUUUCACGGUCUCACAUUUUAUAUUUAUAACAUUUUAAAAACAAAAUUCUCUUGUAUGCUCUGAUCUUGAAGGCUUUAGUUGUUGUCACUGAAAAUAGCUGAGAUCACAAGUACCGUAACUUCUCAAGGACUUUAAAUGUUUAAAAAAUGGUUCACCAGGAUCUUGUCAUAUUCUCUCCUACGUACGUAUGUAGAAAGACUUUUUUACUGGGUUGUAAUCACAUUGUUGCAUAAUGGAUGGUUAGAUGUUCUGUGAAUGAAAUCCUUAACAACAGUUUUCUCAACAGCACUUUAAAAUGUUUCUGCUUGUAUAUUGAUACACUACAGGUUGCACUGCUUAAAGGAACAGGCUUUUCAUGGUUCCCAUAACAAGGCAGUGCAUAAUGUUAAAACUACAAUCCACUCAAAACAAAUGUUGCAAUCAAUUGAGUUCCAUUUUAAUAAGUAAAGGAAGUGAAAUCAUUGUGGAAUAAUAGGAUGAUCAUAUGGGCAAUUUGUGUAUAACAAGAGUUUAUCCACUUAUCAGAUUUUAAUAUAAGAAAUGAUGCUUAUGAUCAUCAAAAUAGUGCAUAUGACAAAAUGAAGGGAGGAUUUGCAGGGCACGUUGUUGCAUGGGUGGUGCCAGUGGGGGCAGGGGGCAAGCACCCGCAAACAAGAAGCUUGCCCAUCCCAUUUCUAGACUCAUGUCAUUAACAUAUGUUGGGAUAGCUCACUUGGUAGAGCAGAGCCAUCUUUCCUAUUGGAAUUACUGGCAUGUUGCACCAAGGCGCUGGCCUCUCAGGGGCGCCCCAGCGAGUGGGGGAGCUGCGCAGCUUUGCCGGUGGCCUCCCCUUUCCCUGCACGCCUGUCAGCUGUGCCCGUCAACCAUAUGGUUGGUGGGCAUGCAGCUUGCCUCCCAAGCGUCUGUGGAAGGGGAGAGCGAUCCCUGCAGAGGCUUCGGAUGGAAGCUGCGCCCCGCCAACUAUAUGACUGGCGGGUGUGCAGCUUCCUUCUCAAGCCUCUGCGAGAGGAGAGCAAUCCCCGCAGAGGCUUGGGAAAAGGUCAACAACUCUGUGAAACCGGGGGGGGGGGGCACCGGAGGGAUCUUUGCACCACGGGACCAGAUAUGCUUAAGACAGCCCUGGUAGAGCAUGUAACUCAGUCUCAGGGUCUUGGGUUUGAACCCCAUGUUGGGCCAAAGAUUCCUGUAUUGCAGGGGGUUGGACUAGGAUGACCCUCGUGGUCCCUUUCACCUCUUACAAAUCUGAUUCUAAAUACACUGGCUAUUUUUCUUUUGGAUAUCUUAACAUGUGGGACACAACUUGCCCACCUAGAAAUAUACUUUUACUUCUGUGUGCCACCAUGGGUGGGUUUUUUUUAGUUUUAGUUUUGCACUACAUCUGCCUUCCAUACACUGCCAUAGAUAUCUGCUUCCCUCUAUCACUGCACUUGUGUAGUCUUGAAUGGGGUCUGAACAUGCUUGGAGAGGGCAUAGCAGCUGCCUAGCAGUAUGACUUCCUGUCUUAGUAAAUGGUCAGACCAGGGCCACAACACUGGCAGAAUAGCUAGUUCCCAUAUUGCAUCCUUUUCCAUUUGCUUGCUUUAUUUCUAGCAUUUAAAGCUCAUUUUACAUGUGACACGGACUGUGUAAUAAAACUUACCCAUGCAGCCUUUUACUCAGCUUCUUACUUGUUCAACGGAGAUCUCCAAUAGGUCCCGUAUACAUCAUUAUUACUGCAGAGGAUUAUGGCCUAGGCCAGUGGCAUGAUGGUGGGUUAAGUCAUACCCAAGGUUACCAGACAUCCCGUUUCCCAGGGAUCAGUCCCCAUACAAAAUCCACUGAAGUUGAAAAGUGUCCCCGGAUUCAUUGAAAAAAUCUGGUAACCUUACCCUAAGCUACUGAAAGUAAUGGGGCCCUGUAUAUAUGUCCAGCUGUCGUUUGUCAACAACAAAUUGUCGCUGUUUUUUGUGUUGAAUAUAUGCCAUUUGCACAUAACAAACAGGAGCCUACACAACACAACACAACACAAAACACUUGCUGUAUGUAGGUUUUAUUCUAUUUGUUUUUUAUCUUACAUUUUGAAAACGUACGACCAGUCUGUUUUUCCCUUUACAUUUUCUGAGGGCCCCCAAGAGAGUGGGGCCCUAAGCUAUAGCUUGUUUAGUUUAUAGUAAAUAAGCUUAAUCACUUUAAUGCGCUGCUGGUGGCUUGUCCACCGGGACAGGAGGCAGCCCGACACGCGCUGCUUUUGGUUCCGCAUACUCCGAACCCUCAGCCCUCCUACUAAAAAGAGCUGCUCGGGUCGAGGCCGGGCCCUCGCCGACACCAGGCCCGCGCGUGGCUGAGGGCGGGGGCGUUUCUGAAGGAACAAACUAUAGUGACGGAGGCGGCGGGCA